GUGUGCUGCUCAGAGUCAACAGAGGAGUGCCAGAGUCUUGGCUGCUUGCUGCUGCUCUUCAGGAUGGUUUCUGGCAGAAAAAUUAAGCUGGUUUUUUUUGAGCUUCUUGAGUUUGCUGCCUUCUCCGUUCCUACCCUUGUGAUAAUGGAACAGUUUGCUGCUGCGUAUCAGAAAACAAGGAAUGAAGCUGAAAGAACGCACUAUUGGCUCAUUGUUUCCUGCUCCAUUGCCUAUGUGGCUGCAGUGAGUCUCUUGAUCUGGGUUCCGAUAAAAGUUAUCUUAUUCAAGAAGCGGCAUCUUUACAAAAACAUUGUAGGAUGGAGACCUGUUCUGAUGAUGUGUGUGGUGCUCACCACUCUUCCCAGCUUCAGCUUUUCCAUAGCAGCCACCGAGGUUCAAAAGGAUGCCAACGGAACAGCUCCAGAUUUAUCGACUGAUUCCUUACUUGACCUGCCAGUGUCUCUGAUUCUAUUGUCCCUGAUCGUGGUUGAUAUUAUUGAGAGACUCAGGAUAUAUCCUCUAAGAGGGCGUCAUAUGAGUUAUGAAGACACAAACAUCUAUGUAACAACUUUGCAGCAGAUAAAAACCGUGGCAGAACAGGUGGGACGUGGUAAUGAGAAUCCUGCACCUGCCCAGACAGCCAAGCCUACCACGAUGUCUUUGCCUCACAACAACACGGGUGCACUGGCGGGGCCCAGAGAGCCCUACUAUGACUCUGGAUUCCGGAGGACGAUGUCUCACAGAGAUGUCCGGGCCGAGCUGUUUCUGAGAAGCUUCCUCACAUGGUCGGACACUAUAGAAAUGAUGCGUGUGGCUGGGCUCCCACAGGUGUACAGCUCGGGCUGGGUGUACCCGGUCUACAUAUUCAGUUUUAUAUCUCUCCUUCGAAUGGUCUUCACACCUAAGAACCCUCUUCUCGGCUUCCUGGGGGUCCUGCUGCAGGAUUUUCCCUUUAUUUUCCUUAGACUCAGCUUAAUCGUUACCCUGGGGACGAUCACGCCAGUACUGGGCCUUUGUAAAAACAUCCUAGUGACUAUCACCUAUAUCUACUUCAAUCAUUUAACCAAGCUCAGGCCUUUCUCAGCCUUCGAAACCUCCCCGUUUUAAGCAGCCAAUGUUAAGAGUCAGCCCUCUUGAUUGUAAAGUCUUUCCAGGCAUAAGCUCUUGCACCAUAUAGAAUUAACCACUUCCAGACCCUAAAUAUAUCUAAAUGGUGCUACAUUGAAGCAAAGUCAUAUUCUUCCGAAUUGCCUCUUCCGGGCUUCUAGAAACCUUAGUCGUUGAUUUUAGUCAUGUCUGUCCCACGUUUUGCUAGAAAUAACCCCUCAAUAAAGCCUUUUUAAGUGGUGGGAACCGUGAGCUAGCUUAAGAAUGAGGUUUUUAUCACAUGUACAUUGAAGAACAUUUUACGGCUUAAUAUGGCUUAAUUAACUGAAAUUAUUUAAAAACAUAACCUGAAGAUAUUGAAUAGACUUUAGAGUUUGCUUGAAAAUCUGAAAACUGUAGCUUUAGGGUCUCCUUCAAAACAUUCAAUUACUCUGACUGCUCCCCCCCCCCCCCCCCGUGUGUUUUGUUUUCAGCAGUGAGGACUGAACCAGGGCCCUGGGCACACUAUUUUAGCACUCUACCAAUGAGCUGCAUUUUUAGUCUUAGAAAUACAUUAUUUUUUUGCCCUACUACAGUGACCUCUAUUCAACUCAUUGUGUAAAAAAGCAAAACAAACAAACAAACAAACAAACAAAAAACCUACAGAAAACAGGGGACUUCAGCUGAUGCCAGCAUAGCAGGGCUUCAUUAAGGCCUCUCAGGCUGGUAUGCAGGGCAGUGCUUCUGUGUUGAGUGUAAUGGAGACAAGGUGCACUGUGAUUCCUAGAUAAAGUUUAUAAUGGAAACCAUAAACCAAAGACAAAGUGUAAACAGGUAAUAUUUAUGGAAUUUGAUGCCGUCAUAAAAAAAUAUCCAGUACAAGCCAUAUUGAAAAUGAUAGCUUGAACUUAGCGCGAUGGUAAAGGUGUGUUAUCUUGCACUAGGUCAUGAAUAUCUUUGUGCUUUAUGAUCAUGAUACAGUCAUGAGCUCUGCAUAUGUUGUGCUGGCACAGAUGUCGUAGCCACAGCAGAGGGUCUCGGUUACGAGAGGGUUGUAAGAGGGUUAUGUGUGCAGGGCAACGACUCAUGUCACCAGCUCCUCCUUGAUCCGUGGAAACAAGAAGCUUAUGAAUACAUGGAUAAUCUGAGUAUUCCUGGCCUCUGUACUGAGGUCCAUGGUCACUUUCUCCAGAGUCUCAUGGUUAUCACACUGCAGAACAAGUCUACGUGUAAUUAUUAAGCCUUGCUUGCCCUUUCUGCCAUUUGGGGCUGGUUCCUUGAGUGCUAUCCUUGAAUAGAUGAACACAAUAUAAAUACUGCUGUAACAGUUUUGGGUGAUUGGAGGAUUUGGAACACUCUCAACACAGUGUUUGGUAAACAAUAACACCUUAGUGGAUGCUAAGCCACAUUCCUGCCCACCCUUUGGGAAUAAUAGUUUAUGCCCAGCGUUUGUGAGACAUAACAUGUAAAAUCUUAAGGUUACCCUGACUACUAGUUCUUUUUAAACAGUUACUCUUGUAGUCAGUUGUGAAUGAUCUGUUAAAUAUUUAGAUGGAAGUGAGCGUGAGAAUUCAUUCUUCCAUUUGAACAGAACUUCUAUGAGUUUUCAAAUAACCCAGACUAUAAUACUUUGUUCCUUUCUUUUAUUUUCAUGUUCUAUUUUGGAGUCAGGGUCUCAGUACGUAACCCAGGCUGUUCUGAACUCACUGUGUAGCUCAGCUUAUAGGAACUCUCCCCACCCUCCUGCCUCCACCUCCCCAAUGCUAGAAUUGCAAGUAUGUGCCAUCCACCCAACACAGGGUCUUUUUAUUUUGCAUUGCUGAGGGUUAAACACAGCCUCUCCUGCUCCCCAGUACCAUAUAAGCCAUCGGUAACUAAGCCAAACCCCUAGACUGCACUUUUUGUUUUUGAAAGCAUUUGAUUAUUUAUUUACUUUUCUUGGUUCCUCAUUAACUUGUCACACGUGUAAGAGAAAACCUGAGAGCAACAUGGUUAGCCACACCUCUAUCUCCACCAAUAUUUCUAACAUAAAAUGCAUACUGUAUAUCUUUUAAAAGUAAGAGAGGCCUAUAACCAAGUGACUAAUUUACAAUAUCCAUAAAUGUGAAACUCAUUAUAUCAAUGUAUAUAUCUUUAAUUUGUAAAAAUACAGUGAAUGGCACUCAGUAUACUCUGAAGUAUUCCGUGAGCUUAACCUGCAUUUUGUAUCUGACAGCUGAACAUGAAUACGCCUGAUAUCUGGGGGUGUUUGCAAUCCUUGAUACAGAUAAUGAAGGCAUGUACAACAGAUCAUGUAAGGCAGGAAAAGCCGUGAAUCUCUAACCUAACUGAGUGUAUAGAUGUUUAUAAAGUUUAAUGGUAUUUAAGAGAUAUUAUAAGAAAUUAUGCUAAUAUAUUAUUGAUAGUUCUACACUAUGUAAUUAAAACCUAUAUUACUAAAUGAUACUGUAAUUUUCAUAGCUUUUAUAGUUGUUGGUAUUAAGGUUUUGUGUCCGAAUAAAAAGCUUAAUUUCUGCUGUCAAGUGUGAA